CGUCAACUCGUCAAUUUUUUUUUCUCUGUAUCGAUGAUAAGUUUCGGUGUAAUGUGUGGUACAGGAGAGAUGGUUUGUUUAAAUAAUUUCGUAGAAUGUGAAAAUUAAAUUAAAUGUAAAUGUAAAGUGCUCGGUUUUAAUUGUGAUUUUGUACAUAAAGGUUCUUUUUCGUCAAAUGUAUUUUGUAAUUAAUUGUAGUGAAUUUAUGCGGCGUGUAUUUCUUCUGUACAGUAUCCACCAAGCUGACGACCAAAUCGCUGAUAGAAUUGUGUAAUGUUAAUUUUUCUGAUCAUGUAAAUGAUAUGCUCGCACUGCAGUCGAAUCCACUGAUGCGAUUGACACCACGUACACAUUGCUGAGUUGAUUUAUAUUGUACAUACGAUACACAUAAAGUAAAAUGAACGGAUUCGAGUUCAUCGUUAUAGAAUGUCUGAAGCAGAAACGAUGGGAAAACGCUCUAUUCUAUUUGAAUCAGCUGCUAGAUACCGACGAAAAUGAUAAAAUGGAGAACGCCAAGCUACUGGCGUACUUGUUGUGGCGUUCCGAAUGCUUUUUCGAAUUGAAUAAUCAUGAAGCUUGUGCACGAGACUGUCGUAAGAUAAUGAGCCUCGUACCGAACGAAGCACCGAGGAAUAAUUUCUGGUUCAAGUCGCGUUGGCGUUUGACUCAUUCGUUGAUUCAACUGAAAGCUUUCAACGAAGCUAAACAGAUCGUCCAACAGCUGAUCAACCUUUGUACAGAUUUCACCAAACAAGAAUGUGUAAAGCUGCUGGAAAGAAUCAAGUUUAGCUCGCAGUUCGUUAACGGUGGCGAUAAAGAGAGUAAAGCGACUCUAAUUGAACCUGUUAACGAAAAAAUAGAUAAGAAGACGACGAACGAUGUUAAAACCAACGACAACAACAGGAAUGAAAAGAAUAGCUUUUUUUGUAUAUUUUGCAAUAUAUUGUUCGAAGACGAGGAUGAUUUUCGAAGUCAUUGUUCGACGCAGAAUCAUCAACAGACUAUUAUGAGCGACGAAGGAAGAGAUUGGAAGAAAAGACCUCCACCUCGAGGAUUAACUGCCGAUACGUAUAAUCUUUGUCCAGCUUUCGGUAGCGGUGCAAUUGGACAGUGUAAACAUGGUGCUCAGUGCGUCGAUGCUCAUGGAAUCGAAGAACUAAACGAAUGGAAAGAACGUUUCGAAUACAGAAUGAUGAGAUUACAGCGUGCCAACGAAGCAUUAUUGUAUGGCAAAUCGUACACAGAGUUGUUGCUGAACAGGUUGGCUGAGACAUCAAAUCCCGAAUUAAUCAUGCGAGAAACACUGGAAGGAGUCGACGAACAAAUCGAAGGUGAACUGACUACCAUCAUCGAUUCGAAGAUCUGCGAUAAGAAAUGGGUAUUCACGUUACACACGCCGCAAGUUCUUCGAGUCGUAGCUCUUCUAUAUGAUUCGCAUCGGAAUCAUUUUCUGCUCAAGAGAAUCACCACUUCGACCAAAAAUAAGAAAGUUCUAAUCGACGAAGAACCGAUAAACGCUCAAGAGUGGACUUCGCGUUUAGACGACGAAGAAGAUGAAGAUAGAUUAACACAUAAAGUCGAAGUCACCUUUUCAACCAAACUCUACGGUACCUUUCGCCAAACAGUUCUGUUCGAUUUUGGGCAAGAACCUGUACUAGCGAAGCACAUUUGUGUCGAUGUUGUACCAGUUAAAGAUGCUGAAAAAAUGAAAGAAAUGCAGCAGGAGCUCGUGUUGUCGUCUACUGAAAGAUGGGAGAAAAGUAAUGCUGUCAUUAUUCCAUUCGUAACGACUACUUUCGAAAAUAAUCUAUCUGCCAGAGAGAAAGAGCUUUUGACCAAGUACUACGUUCCUACCGGGCAUAAGUUUACCAUAACGCAAUCGAUGAUCAACGAUGAUAUCGUCACGAUGAAUAAUUAUCGUUCGAGGAUGCACGAAUUAUUGUAUAUCGAAGAAAUGGCUUGUUACGAGCAGGUGGCCAAAUACAGCGUUCGAGCUAGCGUUCAAAUUGUCAGUUCGUAUAUCCUGUCGCCGAGCGUUUUCGGAGCUAGUACAGCUAAAUUUUCCACAAGCGGUGAACUCUUUGCUAUGAUAUUUUUAAACGAAGACGUCUCCGAGGAUAGUCCAGGAGGUAGAUUGGUGCUAAAUAAUUGUUGUACAGUUUUAUUAGCCGAUGAGAGAAAAAUUCGAAGAUCUAAGCAAAUGAAAAAACCCAAAGUUUACGAAGCUCUGAUCGAAGAUAAAGGUAAAAAUACGGUGUAUCUUCGUCUAUCAGCGCAGAUGGUAACCGAACUGAAGCUGAAAGCAGAUACUAGUAAAACCUUAGAAAUGCAAUUCCAAUUAAAUCGGAUUCCGUUUUGUGAAUGGCAUCAGGCUGUCGACUGUAUCUCGAAUUACAGAAUAAUAUUUCCCGAUUUAUUACAAGUUCCCGAAUUACCCGAAACAGAUGAAAAUAAAUGGACGGAAGAUGAUUCGAAGUUGAAUGAGAAACAAAAAGAAGCCGUUGUUGCUAUAACGUUACCUCGUGAUACGCCACUGCCUCCUGUUUUAAUUAUUGGACCAUUCGGCACUGGAAAAACGUAUACGUUGGCUCAAGCUAUUAAACACAUUUUAAAAGAACCAGAUUCGAAAAUUCUCAUCUGUACACAUUCAAAUAGCGCAGCAGAUUUGUACAUCAAAGACUACCUCCAUUCGUACGUGAAAUCCGGUUUAAAGGAGGCAACUCCUUUGAGAAUUUACUACCAUAAGCGUUGGGUAUCUACAGUCAGUAGCACGGUUUUAGAGUAUUGCUUGACUGAAGUUCAAAAUGGUACGAGAAUUUUUAAAGUUCCAACGCUGGAUGAUAUAUUAAAACAUCGUAUUAUAGUGGUGACUUUGAAUAUCGCGUCGCAUCUGUCGACUAUUGGCUUACCCAGAGGUCAUUUUACCCACAUUUUGUUGGACGAAGCUGCGCAGGCGAUUGAAUGCGAAGCUAUAAUGCCUCUAGCUUUGGCGAACGAAAAAACUCGUAUUGUAUUGGCCGGAGAUCACAUGCAGCUGAGUCCGGAGAUAUUCUCAUCUUUCGCUAGACAGAAGAAGUUUCAUGUGUCAUUGCUUCAAAGGUUGUACGAAAGUUACCCAAAUGAUUACCCGUUCAAGAUUAUUUUAUGCGAAAAUUAUCGAGCUCAUAAAGCCAUCGUCGAAUUCACCUCGAAUCUAUUCUACGAUAACAAACUGAUCAGCGUAGGAGGCCAGCCGAAGCAUAAGAAGUUCUAUCCGUUGACUUUUUUCACCGCUUUAGGAGAAGAUGUCCAGGAGAAGUAUUCGACUGGAUUUUAUAAUUGCGCUGAGGUUUACGAAUUGGUAGAACGAGUUGCUGAAUUGAAAAACGACUGGCCAAAGAGUUGGGGCGAAUUCAAUGAACAUUCUAUCGGCAUAAUGAGCCCGUAUCCGGAUCAGGUUUAUCGUAUUCGUAUCGAAUUGAAAAAACGCAGAUUAUUCGGAAUCGCCGUUGAGCGAGUUUUAAAUGUGCAAGGUAAACAGUUCCGCGUUGUUUUUCUAAGCACGGUUCGUACAGUCCGGACGUGUAUUACUGGCGAGAUUGAGUCGGAAAACGCAUCUUUGAUGGACUACGGAUUUCUGUCUAAUAAAAAAUUGCUGAACACUGCUGUGACGCGAGCUCAGAGUUUGGUAGCUGUUGUUGGUGAUCCGGUUUCGUUGUGUUCUUUGGGAAGAUGCCGAAAAAUAUGGGAGAUGUUUAUCGAAAUCUGCUCAAUGAACAACAGUCUGUACGGUUUAACGUGGCAGGACUUGAAAAGUUUACUAUUAGCCGUCGAAAUGAAGAAAAAAUACAAAUUAAACCCGUUAGCGCCUGAAUUCAUCCCUCGAUGUUUGCACGUCGAACCAUACUUGCAAAUGUUGGGCUCAUCGUCGACAAUUUCGCAACCGCUUACGGGAAUGUACCCUUAUACAGACGCCAGCGCCGGAGGCGCAGCUGUCGGCCAAAUGAACAACAUCCAAGCUGGUCGCGUGUACACUUACGACAACAUACGUUACCAGUUACCUCAAAAACAACCCACCGUGAUACCAGCAGCGGCUACCGUAUUACCGGCUCAGGUUGCGGCGCCACCUCCGGCAGUUCCUGCCACCGUUGGAUGGAGUCAAAGCGCCGCUGCGGCUGUAGCAGCCAUCCCAGCUCUGAACGCAGCGCCGGUGGUGAAUCCUCUGAAUGCAGGUGCAGCGGCCGUGGCCGUCAAUCAUUACAGCUCGGUCACGAUGAAAGCGCCGCCGCCACCGGCUCAAUCUCAGACAACUAUCAGAGCUCCGCCGGGAUUCCCACCUCUUCAAGUUCGCCCGAAUUCCAUCGUUUAUCCACAAGUCACAAGUACACCGUUCGCAGCUGCCAAUGUUUUUCAACCUUUUACGCAAUCUCCGGCUACUUUCAUACCUCCUCCGACGGCCGUUCGAAACGGAGUGACGACCGAGAGCGGUAUACCGUUGCAUUUGACCCUGAUACCGUUGUCGCAAUAUAUGCGCUCGCAUCCUCCGCCGACUACUUAUACCGCUAUUACGUCGACUGCUAAAACAUUCAGCCCUGCUACGUUGCCUGCCGCUGCUAAUUUCGCUACCGCUAAUCCCGUCUAUGGAGCUCCUCUGAUACAAAAUGGAUAUAAACCGGUGAUUAACGGAGCGUACGUGCAGAACGAAAUGAGCUACGUGUCGACCGAGUUUCCUCCGGCUACGUACACGGUGCCACCUACUGCCAGUCCUGGUACUAUCACCAUACCCGGUGCAGCUACUGCUGUUUCUACAAAUCUUAUCAGUACUAAUCAGUGGGAAACCGAAUUGAAGAAUAUUUUGCCACCGAAUAUCAGCUUGGCGGAAAUAUUGAGGAAUACCGUUUUGCAAAAGCAGUGGCUCUCUCAUCUUGUCGAUUCGAAAAUGAUACAACAAGCUCAAAUGUUUCUGAACUUGAUCGGCACCUAUACAGUAAAGGAGACCAUCGUACAGCAGUCGCUUCCCACCAGCACGACUGCUGCUGCCAUUAACCGAAGAGUGAUCAGAGGCAUUGACGGAGUCGACAUGUCGGCUCAAGAAGCUUAUCAUUUAUCUCGCGGUGCUGUCAGCGGCGCGUUUGCUGUAUCUGAAGCACAGCCUUUGGUAAUGAAUGGCGGAGAUAAACCAACCAUGGUCGCAGGUACACCCGCCAAGGAAUACGAAUCGGUGACAGAGUCAUCCAUCCCUCUAGAUAACUAUCUACCCAGCUCUCUGAUACCCGAUUUGCUACCAUCGAGUAGCAAACGCGCCGGACCUUUAUACAACAGACAACCUAGUAAAGCGAACUGCAAACCGGAUGCGGUCGAGUUCGCACCCCACGUCAAAAACCCCGCCAACGUCAACUCGAUGACCGAACAAUUUUCAAAGAAUCUCAUCCUCGGCGACGCAUCCUCCUCGUACGUCGAUAGCUAUCCCCCGAUCGCGUAUAAAAUGGAGAACGGCGAUGUGGAAUUGGCUCGCAGGAGAACAUCGUCGUACGCGGCUGCCGAAUACGAUCACAGACACGCUGCCACAACCGCAGCAGCCAACGAAUUGCACACGAAGCGAUUAUUCAAUCAGCAAAAUAUGUGGAAUUUGCUACCGUACUCGUUGCAUAAUGAAAAUACGACCACUUUUAACGAUGCUAGCGCCAUGACUUACGCCGCUGCGCUUCGCCAAACCCAAGAUAAAAUUACCGAAAGAGGAUUCAACGAUAAGUCGUAUUUCAAUUUCAAUUGAACGCGUAAAUUUUGGGGAUUUUUUUUUUCAUUUUCUCGUUCUUGGUAAUAUAUUCUAGUCUUAUUUCUUUUUGCAAUGUGUUUUUUCUUCUCUCUUUUUUUUUCGUUUUUGUUUAUUGAAUCUUUUUUUGUGAAAUUUUACCGCGUGUAAAUAAGUAAACCGAGCAUUCGAAAAAAAUUUUAAAAAAUAUCUUGUAAAUAUAUUGUAAAAAAAAAUGCGAUAUUGGAUAAACCAUAAAAAAAAACAUUAGUUACGUAUCGAUGAUCGUUCGAAAUCAUGGAAAAACGUAAUUAAUAGAAAAAAAAAUCAAAUGUUAAAUUGUAAUUUUUUGUAUGUUUUUAAUUGUUUCAAUUUUAAUAUGUAAAUUAUGUAUGGUUUUUAUAGUGAUUUUUUCUGUUGUAAUUUUAUCAUUAUUUUUCAUUAUGAAUAAUUUGUUUUUUCUUCUCGUAAUUUUUUCGUUGAAUUUCAUUUUCUAUUAUUAUUACUUUCUUUUUUUUUUAGAUAAAGUUUGCCUAUACCAUUGUCUUAUAUACCUGUUUGAAAUGUUUUGCAUGAAGGAGUGUCCUUGCUGUAUCGAGCUAUCCAUUUUGGAAUUUUGAAUUAUGACUUUUAAAAGCAGUUUCUUGUUUGUGUUUUCUAUUUUUUUUUUUUUUGUGAAAAUUAUUUUUUUUGUUUCUUUACAAGAUUAUUUUUUUUUUAAAAUUGAACAGGAAUUUGGAAUUUCUUUUUCAGAAUUAGGAAAUGUUUAGAAAAUAUUUUCCUCGCGAAUGAGGUCGAGAAACUUGAAAAAAUUGACCUACGAUAAUAUUUUUUGAUUUUCGCUUCAAAAUCGAGAAAUUUUCGGAAAAAUUUUUCAUAAAAAAAUAUUUUUUGUCUCUUUUUAUUUUUUUAGAAAAUUUUUUGAAGGUUUAGGAAAAUUACUCUUGAAAAAAGGAGUAGAUACCUAAUGUUAUUGAGCGAACAUUGACGAAUGGCAGAUUCAAUGCACUUACCUCAUAUUGAUCAGUCAGUUGAAAUCAAAUCUGAAACUAUUCAGCUUAAAAAUGAAAAAUUAUUGAUCAAUCAUUACUGAAAUAUUAAUCAACUUUCACAUUUCAUUAAUUUUAAGAAAUAUAUCAAUAUCUUGAAAUAAUGAAUUUCUCAAUGAAAAAUUGAUGGAAUAUUAAUGUGUGAUGGAUUGUAAUUGGAUCAUUGAUAGACAGGCUGGUGUAAUUAUAACUCGAUAGAUUGAAAACCGAUUGAUUUGUAAGAACAAAAUCGAUCAAUAUUGAUUAAUCAUGCAUAUUUUGAUAAUCGAUUGAUUUUUAAGUCAGUGACCAUUCUAUUUAUCGUAUUUGAAUUAUCGAUACGUUGCUCGAAAAUUGAUUUUUCGUUGUUGCAUAAUCAAUUUCUCAAAUUCUUAAUUCAUUUUUAAAAAUUCUCAUCGAACUAGAAAUUUUUGCUUCUAUUCAAAAUUAAUGAGAAAUAAACAUGGCCUAAUCUUGGAUGACUUUCUUCCUUUUGAGCUCACCUUUUCAAAAUGAGGAAGUCGACAGUUCAUGACUGGAUCUCAAAAUUCUAUAAAAAUUUGGUCAUCAACUUUUUCUGUGAUUGAACUAACCCAUUUAGUUGGCAAAAAGUAUGAAUAAGCGCAAGGAAUGGAUGUUAUUGAGUAUAAUACCUAAGCAAAGUUUUGUAAAUCAUUCCUGAAAAUUUUAAUUCAAAAUUAAAAUGGGUAGCAUGUUGUAGUGCACUCCUUAUGCAAACUUUGUUGCUUACCUAUCUACUUUUAAUGCUUACCUUAUAUUUUACUCUUUUACACAAUUCACAUUAAGUACACUGAGUAUACACAGACUUUAGUAUUUACCUAAUAUGUACGUAGGUAGCUACAGCUUGAGAGUUCUACCUGAAUAUGCAUAAAAAAGAAUUAAUGUUGCUCAUCCUGGACGUAGAAAAGCAUGUACCUAAUACCUAUACCUAUCGUCGAAUCGAUUAUUAUUUUGAUCAUUAUUAAAAAUUUUAAUCAAUCAAUGUAGGAACCUAUUGAUUUAAAAUUUUACGAUCAAUUUCAAAAGUGAUACAUUAGGUAUGAUACCUUGUGCUUUUUCAAUCUGUAUCACAUGAAACUCAAAAAAAAAAAAAAAAAACAUCUGUUCAUUGCAAUAUUUUACUGUGAUAUGAUUUUUGCAUCAUUUUCAUUUCUGCCAGCGGCUGUAUUUUGAGUUAUAUUUUCCUCCUUAUAAUAAACAUCCCUUCAUCUCUUCAUCCCUUAAUCUAAUAAAAUUUGAAAAUUACCAACAUCAAAAAGCUUACACUUAUGCAUAGGUAGAUACGUAUUUUAUAGGCAUUAUUAGAAGCCUAUACAUGAACUUAUUCCAAUUACGAUAACAUUGAAUUAUUAAGCGCUUGUUGAUUUUAUAAUUAUUGUGUAAACAAUUCAUUCGUGUUUUUUUUCCUUUUCAAGUUAUGUAUGUAGGUAUAUAAUAUGUAAGUAUUGUAAAAUUUAUAUUACAUUUCUUGGUGUUGUAAUUACAAAAUGACUACUGUGUGACAUGUUGUUAGAAAUAAAAAUAUAUCUGUUUAGAUGGUGUAAAAGAAAGGUACGUGGAAAAACUAUACCCUGUGUAGAAAUUCCAUCGGACUACUAACAAAAGUGACGUUCUGAAAGAUUACGUGAUUUAAUCAGUACUUUUGGCCAUGUGUGUCAUUUCCAUGUACCUUUGUUUUACACCAUGACUAUUCGAUACAA